AUGUUCAGCCAAUUCGCCUCAGCAGCCAGACGCGCCGGCGGCGCAAUGGCGCUCGGGCCAAUGGCCCGGCGCGCGGCAGUGGCCGGCGCGGUGGCCACUGCGGCCAUCGGCAGCACGGCGCUGUACGCAGACUCGCUGACAGCGGAGGCCAUGACCGCCGCAGAGCACGGCCUGCACCCUCCGGCGUAUGGGUGGUCGCACAACGGCCCGUUCGACACGUUUGACCACGCGUCGAUCCGCCGCGGGUACCAGGUGUACCGCGAGGUGUGUGCGGCGUGCCACUCGCUGGAUCGCGUUGCGUGGCGGACGCUGGUGGGCGUGUCGCACACGAACCAGGAGGUGCGCGACAUGGCCGAGGAGUUCGAGUACGACGCCGAGCCCGACGACCAGGGCAACCCCCGCAAGCGCCCCGGUAAGCUGGCCGACUAUAUCCCCGGCCCGUACCCCAACGAGCAGGCCGCGCGCGCCGCCAACUCCGGCGCCGUGCCCCCAGACUUGUCGCUGAUCGUCAAGGCCAGACACGGCGGCGCAGACUACAUCUUCUCCCUGUUGACCGGCUACCCCGAGGAGCCCCCAGCCGGCGUCCAGCUGCCCCCCGGCACCAGCUACAACCCCUACUUCCCCGGCGGCGCCAUCGCCAUGGGCCGUGUCCUGUUCGACGACCUGGUCGAGUACGAGGACGGCACCCCUGCCACCACCUCGCAGAUGGCCAAGGACGUCACCACCUUCUUGCAUUGGUGCGCCGAGCCCGAGCACGACGAGCGCAAGCGCCUGGGCAUCAAGGCCGUCGUCCUGCUAUCCUCGCUCUACCUGCUCUCCGUCUGGGUCAAGAAGUUCAAGUGGGCCGCCGUCAAGAACCGGAAGUUCGUCUUCAACCCACCUAAGAAAUGA